AUGUAUGUUAAUGCUCAUAUUUGCGGAAAACCAAUCACGAAGGUGUUUAUAGACAACGGAGCCGUCUUCAAUGUGAUGCCAUUAAAGACUCUCAAGAUGUUAGGGAAGGGAAUUCACGAUCUAUCUCCUGUGGAUUUUGAGAUGACUAGCUUCACAGGGCAGCCAACCAGACAAGAAGGAAAAAGAUCGGGUGCAAGUGUUAUGUUGGAAGGACCAGACGGUCAAAGGGUCAAGUUGCAGUUGCAAUUAGAAGCCAUGACCCAUAAUUCAGGGGAGUAUAAGGCUUUAAUCUUGGGAUUGGAAGCCUUGAUAGUCAGGAGUGUUCAAUCCGUGAUCAUAAGAGGGGAUUCUCAAUUGAUCAUCUAUAGGUAUGGUAUUCCUUAUUCAAUAACAACCGACCAAGGUUUGGUCUUUACUGGGGAGAAGUUUUUAAAGUUCUUGGUAGAGUUUGGUAUUCGGUUGAACCAUUCCUCGCCUUAUUAUCCCCAAGCUAAUGAGCAGGCAGAGACAACUAAUAAGAUUAUUAUUGGGAUCAUAAAGAAAACGAUUGAGAGGAACCCAAGAAAAUGGCAUUUGUUGUUAUCUCGAGCAUUAUGGGCGCAUAGGAAUAACAAAAAUUCUGCCACGGGGUUUUCGCCAUAUCAACUCACCUUUGGACAAGAUGUUGUAUUGCCAGCCGAAAUUCAAGUGUCAUCUGGACGUACGAGCCUUACUACAGAUGAGUUUACUGAGGAAUAUCAACAAGUUAUGUUGCAGCAAUUGGAAAGUUUGGAGGUCAAUCGACUCCGUGCAAUUGAUCAGAUUGUGAAGCAGAGUGAGAUCAGGGCUAAGACUUAUGGAAGGAAAGUUUUUUAUAGAACAUUCAAAGAAUAA